AGGCGGGUCCCAAUCGCGCCAGUGGCCAGCAGAGGGCGUUCGGAUCCCCCCAGCGGGCGCUGGUCGCACAAGCCGCCAUAUUGGGCGGCGCAGGAGCCCGGUGACCCGCUGACACUCCGCUACUCCAGAUAGCCGAGCCCAUGUCGGGCGUGCCGUUAUCUCCGGAGGCCCCGGGUGUGGAACGGGUAUCCCGGGCCCCCAGCUCCCCUCGUUCCCCCGCCAGGCGCUGCCUAUUCGGCCCGGUGGAUCACGAGCUGUUGGCCCGGGACCUGGAGCGGAGCCUUCGGGCGAUGGAAGAGGAGAAGCGCGAGAGGUGGAACUUCGACUUCCGCAAUCACCGGCCGCUACCGGGGCUCCUCGAGUGGGAGGAAACGGACAAGACGCCCGAAUUCUACCACCGGGAGCCCAAAUCAUUGCGGGCCGAGGCGAGUCCGGCGGAAUCCCGAGCAAAGAAGCGCAACGGAGAGGCAACGGAUUCCUCUGCCCCCUCCAUGAAGAAAUCUCACAGGAAAGAAGCUGAAGACACAGCAGGAGGCAGCUUAACUCCUCCCCCAGAGGAAACGCCCAAGAAGACCAAACCCAGCACGUAAAGGAAUGGGACUCCAGACCACCCUCCCCCAGUGCUGGCUGGCUCUUGCCCACUCAGCCUGUUGUUCUCUGUCACUGGUGGGAGACUCUCGCAAGCACUGAUACAGAGUAACACUACAGAGCCCGGGGCAUAUGAUGUAGCAUUUGUGCAAUUAGGCACCCUCUCUCUCUCUCUUUCUCGCUUCUCUCACUACCUGUGUAAUCUCCACCUCUCCCCAUGUAGCACAUAAAUUGAUUUAGAGGGGGCAGGGUGGGGUGUGAAACGGGUUUCACCCUGAUCUGAGUGAAGAGAACUAUUUGGGGGCUUUUUAAAACAUUUUUUUUUUGAGAAUCACAAAACCUCGUCAGCACAUGAGUGGCCUUUGCACGUUAUUCUGCACGCUGCACCAUUGGAAUACAACUCCCAGAAUCCUCAGUCAACCACUGCUCUUUGCAGAGAAUAAGGGCGCCGUAAAGUGCAGCCUCAGGCAAAUCACUUUGUUGGCUAAAAACUCACCUGAUCAACUGGUACAGUUUUACCAGGUUUACCUUGAUGUAUUUCCCCUUUAAAAGAAAGUUAACAUAUGAUGAGGUUUUAUUAUGUACAGAACAUUCCUUCUCUUUGUUUGUACCUAUGGGUAGGAGCUGGCAUAUUGCUUUCUCUACCAGUACAUUAUGCCCCACCACAAUGCUCGCCUAUCCUUCACCCAUUCCCCUCCCCCUACCUGACACACUGUCCCCCCACCACCCCAGACCCUAUGGGGAUCUGCUACUGUUCAUAGGUUAUCUCCCAUUCAAGCAACUCUGUACCUGACAACUGCCUUUAACUAUUAAAGGGAAAAUACACCAACGCAAAAUGUUAAAAAUAGAAUAUUUUAUGAGUACCCCUUUUCUAUGUAAAUAGAGGUUCCCUCCUGCAUAUCUGGCUUUAUUUUCCUUUUUUAAAUGACAUUUCAUUAGUUCAGUAUCUUAAUAACGCUGCCUUUUUUUUUGUUUUAAAGGAACACUAACAUAUAAAAGUCUAAAGGGAAACAUGUAACAUGAACUAUAAACGUCAGUAUUUCCAAAUUUGCUCCCCCUACAGGUAGCUGGAGGAAAGCACAAUUGUUUUUAACAACUUCCUGUUAGGAGGCUGCUGUUUAAUAGCAGGAAGUUAAGUACGCAAGGAUAAUGUCUUCCCAUCCCCACCCAGCCUACUGAAUGAAAGCACUUAUUAAAUCCUAAUCAACGACUAGGACAUAUUAUUCAACCAGUGUGCAGCUUGAUUUACCAGUCAAUAUUGUCCAUUUAAUAUGAUGCAUUCCAGAUACCCAAAAACCUCUUCUUUCUUUUAACCCACCUACAUAACAAGGGGGUGUCCUUUCAAUGACCCCCCCCCCCCAGAAAUAAUGUGUUUUACAUCUCUCAUGUGCUGCAAGGUUACGAGCUCCACAGUGUUUUUUUCUUUUUUUUAAUGUUUUUUUUCUGCUUUUUUAUGAUUUUAUUACUUUUUUUAUGUGUGUACAUAUAAAUUUAUAUAUCUAUUUUUUAAUUUGUAAUAUGGUUUGAAUUUUCUUUGCAAAUUCUGGUCUUAUAAACACUGGCAACAGCUGUUUGACAGAAGAUGGGUUGUUAGCUUUAUCGUUUUAUUUUUUUCAUAUUUUUGGUGUGGGUGUGCACUCAGAAUUCAACAAACAGGUUCCGUUAUUAAAAAAAAAAAAAAAAACCCAAAGGGUCUCAUUCUUUUCCUUAGUAGAACAGGAUCCCUUCUGCUGUGAUGAAGGGGUUAAACACAAUGCUGCAAAUUUACUUAUUAUUGCUGUGUUAAAUUAAGAAAAAAAUUAAAAAACAAAAUUUUUUGCACCUGUUCCAAUAUUUUGAUAUUUUUAUUUUUUAAAUCCCCAUUUUUUUUAUUUUAUUUUUUUUUAAGCAUGCAUAGGACAGUCACAUCCCUGUAUGGCUGCCCAAUAGGAAAAUGUAGCAGCAGAGCCUUUUUUUGGUAAAGGGGAUAGUUUGCUGUUUGAUUAAUUUUUAAUACAACUACGACAGUGAUAGAAUGAUUUGCAAUUGGUCUUCAUUUUAUUCAAACUGGUUCAGCUGCUCUCUAGCUUGACAUUUUAGCUGGUUGCUAGGGUCCAAUUCAUCCUAGCAACUAGGGAUGCACCAAAUCUACUAUUUUGGAUUCGGCCGAACCCCCGAAUUCUUCGCGAAAGAUUCGACGAAUACCGAAUCCGAAUCUUAAUUUGCAUAUACAAAUUAGAGGUGGGAAGGCAAAAACAUUUUUUACUUCCUUGUUUUGUGACAAAAAGUCACACCAUUUCCCUUGCCCCUAAUUUGCAUAUGCAGAAUCCGAAUCCUCCCGAAAAAGGCCGAAUCCCGAACCAAAUCCUGGAUUCGGUGCAUCCCUACUAGCAACCAGGCAGAGGUUUGAGAGACGGGAGACGAGGGCCUCAAUUAACUGCCCAUUUAAUUAGUAUUGUAGAGCAACAAGCAGGGUUGGUGUAUUCUUCUCUGCUCCAUAAUAAUUGCUCUUCUUUGCAAGGCUGCAGUGUUCUGUUAGGCAGGAAUACUGAUUUGUAAUUGGUGGAGCCUAUAUGCAUGCUUAGUAGUGAUCUAUUCAGCUAUUUGGGUGUAAUUUUUUUACCACAUUGAUAAUUAUAUCUGUAUUAUAAUAAAAAUAUAUUCUUAAUUUAGCAACUGUAGGCAGGACACAGCUGGUCCCUCUAUUCCUCAUAGAAACUUACAAGGGGUAUGUGACCUGCCUAAAUGGGGAUAUACUUUUGUACCCUUUAAAAAAAACGCUGUAUAGUUAUUGCCCCACCCCUGAGGAGCCAGUAGUGGGUCAUAACAAGGCAACAUCUUCUUUAUUUUAACAUAAGCAAAAACAAGUAAAUUCCCUUCUAUUCAAUAGAUCUUUGAUUCUAUAUCAUUCAGAUAUGAUCUAGGUCAAUUUCCAGUUGGAGCUGGCCCCGCCCCUCCUAUCACUCCGCCAAGGAGUAAUUGAACAGAAGGGGUUGGGCUCUGCAUAGCCAGUGUAUGUAGCAUACUAAAUGAUGGCAGGAUUUGAGGUGCAUGUGAGUAUUGCUGUGUAAAAACAAAAAACAAAAAAAACACUGAGAAAUUGUACUAACUUAUUUAUGUGUAAACAAGAAAAAUGAAAAGACAAAAAAAAGAAAUUGUUUAAUCUAGAAAAUUGAUGAAUUUUUUUUUUUCAUGAAGCCAAAGCGGCAGAAUUCAUUGUGUCUGUAAAUGCCGUGUUUUGUUUUUUUUUCCAUUUGUAGCUUUUUUUGAAUGUUUUUUUUCUUAAAAAAUUUUUUUUUGGCUAUUAAUGGAUUGCAGACUGAGCCGGAUGCAUUUGUAAAUCUUUUUUCAGUUGGAAAAAAAAUAAUAAUAAUGGUUUUAAAUGUCUGAUUUCUGUUCCUACGUCAAGCAAUCAUUUACAUUAAAUAAAUCUACGCAGAAA